UUUCAUUAAAAAAAGGAGGAAAAGUCGAGAAAAGCAAGUUGUUUGGAGCAUCCGGACGCGCGGCCGCUGCGCAUCACAGGAUUGUUACCGGGGACCUGGUUGGGGAUCAGCGUCAACAAAAGCGGACUCCGGAGGCGGAUUGUGACGGUGACACUCCUGAGCUCCUCUGCCCUCCCAGACGGGCCGACCAUGGCCUUCCCAUCAGCCCCUGCUGUGUUAUGGAGCCUUAACUUACUGACAGCACUGCUCACUGCUGCCGUUCACAGCAACAUCAUCUACGACGACGACCCUCUGCAGCCGGUGACCUCAGAUGAGAUGGUGUCCGUGGGGGGCACGGUGACGUUGACCUGCCGGGUGGCCGAGAGCGACAACUCGUCUCUGCAGUGGUCCAACACCGCACAGCAGACGCUGUACUUUGGAGAGAAGAGAGCGCUGAGGGACAGUCGGAUCCAGCUGCACCUUUCCACGCCCACUGAGCUGUCCAUCACCAUCUCUGACGUGCAGCUGUCUGACGAGGGCGAGUACACCUGCUCCAUCUUCACCAUGCCAGUCCGCACCGCCCGAGCCACCGUCACUGUGUUAGGUGUGCCAGAUAAACCUAAGAUCUCAGGCUUUGAGAAUCCAGUGGCUGAGGGGAACCAAGUCACCCUGACCUGCACCACCACUGGCAGUAAACCCCCCGCCAGUCUGCACUGGUACCGAGGAGACCAGGAGCUCCAAGGUGAGAUUAUACAGCAAGUGAACUUCAUUAAGGAAGGCUUAUGA